AUGAUAGACCGUGAAUUAGCCAAAGGCGUUGUCAUUCAAAGUAAGGAAGAUUUGUUGGUAAAAGUUGGGUUAUACCAUUUGAAGCAUAAAGUGGAGUACCGAACACCUAGAUCUUCAAAUUCUCGGUUAAAGGUUGUGUGCAAGCAUAAAAACUGCCCAUUCUUGCUUUCUGCGAAUGCACUGACUGGAAGUAGUUGGAAAAUUUCAAACUUUAUUCAUCCACAUACAUGCUUGGUUAACCUGAGUCAUUCAGCCCCUCGACAAUUGCCUGCAAAGAUCAUUGGAGCAUUAUUCGCGCCGAAGUUGUUGACAGAGGGCCGAGUAUUGAAGCCUGCAGAAAUUAUGGGUGACAUGGAGCGUGAUCAUGGCAUUAAGCUCAACUACAAUACAGCUUUGAGGUCUCAAAACACCGCAUACGACUUCAUUUAUGGAGAUCACAAGAAGUCCUGGGAACUUUUGCCGGCGUAUUUUCAUAUGUCGAUGAAGGAAAAUCCUGGAAAAUCGGCAUAUAUUGAGACCGAUAAAGAUGACGUGUUUGAGUAUGCUUUCAUUUCUUUUCAUGCGUCUGCAGGCUUCCUCAGUUAUUGUCGGCCCGUUAUUGUGAUUGACAAUACGUAUUUGAAGGGGCAUAAAGUCUGCUAUGGAGGUUGUUUACCCUGA